AUGUCCUGGCCUGCCGGAAGAAGUGAAAGCGGUGGCUUUGGCAGCACAAGUCUCUUUGAUCUGGGUAGAAGUCAAAGAAUUUCCUAUGGUGGAGGCUAUGGUCUUGGACACUGUGGUGCAUAUGGUGGUGGAGGGUAUGGCAGCAGUGCGGGCUUUGGCAGCCAUUUUGGUGUUGGCAGUGGUGCAGGUUAUGGUAGCUAUGUAGGCUAUGGCAGUGGAGGCUACGGCAGUGGAGUCUACAGCAGCGGAGGCUAUGGCAGCGGAGGCUACAGCAGCGGAGGCUACAGAGGUUCCUCUGGCUUUGGAGGUAGAAGUGACAGUAUCCAUGGGGUGUGCAUCCAUCCGGAACUGUUGAAGCCUCUCUCUGUAGGGGUUGACCCAGAAGAACAUAAAAUACGAGCACAUGAGAAGGAGCAGAUAAAAUGUCUCAAUGACCAGUUCGCCUGCUUCAUUGACAAGGUCCGCUGCCUUGAGCAGCAGAACAAGGUGCUGGCAACCAAAUGGGAUCUCUUGCAGCAGCAUGCUGUACCAGCAAGGAGAGACCUUGCACCUAUUUUCGAGAAUUACAUCUGCCAACUGAAGAAACAGCUGGAAUGUUUGUUACAUGACAGGGUGAGACUGGAAGAUGAAGAAAAGGCCGCCCAGGACUUGGUCCAUGAGUACAAAAGCAAAUAUGAAGAGGAAAUCAACAAACGCACACAUGCAGAGAAUGAGUUUGUGGUGCUCAAGAAGGAUGUGGACUCUGUCUUCAUGACCAAGGAGGAGCUGGAGUCCAAGUUGCUGCAGCUGAGGCAACACUUUGAGUUCCUGAAAUGCAUCUUCGUUGAGGAGCGAGCUCAGCUAGAUGGCCAACUCUGCGAUACCGCUGUUGUUUUGGAAAUGGACAACAGCCGAGAUCUGGACCUCAGUGGCAUUAUCCAGAGUGUUAAAUGCUGUUAUGAGGAGAUUGCUCAAAAGAGCAAAGGAGAAGCUGAGACGUUCUACCAAACUAGACUUGAGGAGCUGAGCACCAACAGAGGCAGAUUCUGUGAUGACCUGAAAAAUAUCCAGGGUGAAAUAGCAGAGCUGAAACGGCUGGUCCACACACUGCAGGGCGAGACUGAUAAAGUGAAGAAAGAGAUUGCCUGUCUGCAGACGGCCAUUGCUGACGCUGAGCAGCGAGGCGACUGUGCCCUCAAAGACGCCAGGGAGAAGCACAUUGAUUUGCAGAACGCCUUGCAGCAGGCCAAGGACAAAUUGGCAUGCAUGCUGCGGGACUACCACGAGCUGCUCAAUGUCAAGCUGGCCUUGGAUAUUGAGAUAGCUACCUACAGAACAUUGCUGGAAGGAGAAGAAACCAGGAUAUGUACAGGGCACCCCACAAAUGUUGCUGUGGUCAGUGGUGGCCAUACCAUCGGGGAUUGCCGAGCCGGAUUUGGAAGUGUUUGCGGACCUCUAAAGGGAGGAUUCAACUCUGGAAUUGGAAUAUUUUCCUCCAGUGAUGGAUUCAGCUCCAGAAGUGCAGAAGCCAUCUCCAGGAUGGGAGGGGGCUAUGGCACCAGGAGUGCCGUAAGUACCCUGUCCACUGGACUGAAGGAGGCCUCAUCUGCCAUCACCUGUUUUGUCUGGACCCCUGAGCACGCCUACAAGAUCAAGACGAAAUACGUGAGGUAG